GACAAUCAGUGGAAGUCUCAUACAUGUCCAUCUUCUGUUUCUGUGUGUUUUCAGGAUCCUUUGUGUCUUUAUUUGAAGUGGGACAUCUGAUCACAUCUGGGAACUUCAGCAAGGUCUAUGAGGGAACACACGCAUUCAGUGACAAAGUGAAGGUUGCUCUGAAGUGUAUCCCCAAGCGCAGAGUGGACCGCUAUCUUGACAUUUCUGGACACUCAAAACCUGUCCUUGCUGAAGUGGCUCUGAUGAUGCGGGUGGGAGAAGCUCCCUCCUGCCCCAACAUCUUGGAGCUACACCAGUGGCUGGAGGAUGAGAGCAGCUUCACUCUCAUUUUGGAGUACCCAGAACCCUGCAGGACCUUGGAGGAUUACAUCUUGUUCUCCGGCCCCAUCAGUGAAGCACAAGCACGCUUGUUUAUGCUUCAGGUGCUGCAAGCAGUCAAACACUGCCAUGAGCGUGGAGUUUAUCAUGGUGAUAUACGCUCGAGGAACGUCCUGGUGACUCUCCACAGUCUGGAGCUCAAGCUCUUCGACUUCCGCUGCGCCCGUCUGAUCAGCAGCAAGGGCUUUGAAAGCAGCCAAUACCAUGGAUCAGAAGCAUACACCCCUCCUGAAGUCCUAGGCCAGUCCACAUUCCACGCUGCAGCAGCAGAUGUCUGGGCGCUGGCUGUUCUGCUCUUCGAGAUCAUACACAGAUAUUUGCCCUUCGAAAGCUUUGAUGCCAUUCAGCAUGGCUACGUCAGGAUGGAUCCCACCUUAUCCACAGCAUGCCAUGAUCUGAUCUUCCACUGCUUGAGCCGUAAUCCAGCUCACCGGCUGACGCUCCAGCAGCUGGAAGAGCACCGCUGGAUGAAAGCCUAGACUGGAAGAAGGCAGGGACCUGAUGUGCAUCAGACGGAGCAGAGCUGAGGAGUCUCAGGAAAUGCAGCGAGACUCUGGAGCUCCAAUAUGAUUCAUCAGAUAUCAAUCAGCUGCUCGAAACACAAAGAACCGCAAGACACUUCAGAACGCUGCCUUCUUCCAGCAUGCUAUUUUUAAUAAUAUCUCAGUACUUAAAUGCAAUUGAAGUGAUGAAUGAGUCUUUCUUAUUGCAUUACACUCAUAUUCUCUUUACUGUGAUUAGAAGAAUAUUUCAUAAUACAUUUCAUACAAUAAAGUGCAUCCAUUUGCACAGACACGAGACAAGUAGCACAACAGAAGUCCAAAACACUUGAUUGUCACGUGAUUCGCGUUAGGUGUUGAACGACUACUGAUUUUUUUAAAGUCGACUUUUAUGUGACAAAAGUCGAGUCGAAGUCGACUAGUCACUGAUGAUGUCAUUAAUGAACAAAUAAGUCUAGAGCUGAGACUCAAACCCCUUGUGCACAGCUAUGGCAUAUGUCACAGUGCAGAUAUAGUAGCACAAUAAAGAUUACGUUUAUAUGAAUGCAUUAGCGAGAGCUAUUUCUCUAGUAGUAGUGAGGGAUUUAGUUAAGAAAUAUAUGCUUGAACUUUUCAUUUUCUAAGAUAAUUUAUUGAAAAAUCACAGAACAGCGUUGACAG